AUGGAUAAAAAGAAUAAAGUGAAAUCUAUUGUGAAGUUCGAUGAUGAAAAGUAGCCAGAACCAGUAAUCGAAGAAGUACAACAGAUUAAGAAGGAAAAGAAGAAGAAGAAGGAACAAUAAAAGAAGAAAUUAGCAGUUGAAUAGAGACAUGUCACUAUUGCCAUCCCAGAUUCAAUUAUCUCUAAUGCUUAAUCAUCUGAAUUGAGAAGUUAUUUUAUGUCUCAAUUGGCAAGGAUGUUUGCUAUCUUUCAAGUAGAUGAAGUGAUCAUCCUAAGAGAUUAUUCAUAGUAUCUCCAUCUUUACAUUCUAGCAUACCAAAAAGCAAAUAAUUCGAUGUGGCAUCCUAUGUUGUUAGAAACCUACAAUAUUUGGAAACACCACAAUAUCUGAGAAAGUACUUGUUUCCAAUUCACUCCGACUUAAAAAAUGUUGGUCUCAUGAAUCCAAUCGAAUCAAAACAUCAUUUACUUACAGAAUAGGUAUGUCCCUUUAGAGAAGGUGUUGUUGUCGAAAGACCUAGUAAGGGUGACACAUCUUGGGUUGAAAUUGGGCUCAAAAGAUAAGUCUUGAUCAAUUAUCCAUUACAACCAGGAACCAGAGUCACAUUGAAAUUGGAUGACCCUACUUCCACUCAUCUGACUGGCACUCCUGUCUCAAGUCAAGAUGCUAAAAGGGAGGGCUAUUAUUGGGGAUAUACAGUCACAAUAGAGUCUAAAUUUCAUAGGUUAUUGGAGAGAGGUAAGAAAUCAGGUUAUUAUUAUCUAUAGAUGAUUUCGAUAUGAAGAUCUUGAUUGAAACAGAGAAAAGUGAUGAAACUUAAUAGACGACUACCUUUAAUCCCAGCCAAUUAUCUUAACAGCCUUUAAAAUUACUAUUACUCUUUUCUGGAUUGCAAAAGAUUACUGAUUUUACAGAGAAUGAUGAGAAGUCAAAGGUAUUCUAAUAUCUAUAUCCUUUAGUUAUCGAACGAGGAUAUAUAUGGAAAAUUCGAUCAUGUAUAUAGAUAUGGGAAUAACGACUUUGGUGUGAAAUAACUCAGAUUAGAGGAGUAAAUGUUUAUGUUUUUGUAAUCAAUUUAAUGAUUAAUCGAAUAUAAAAAAUAUUUGUCGCCAGGGACGAACUCAAUCAAAGCAUUGGUGAUAUUGAAUUCGCUCGUUCUCUUGAAUAAACUACUAUCGAUUUCAGUACAGUCGAUAAUAAUGGUCGUAAUCUUCUUCAUCGAGCUGCUCUUCAAUAAAACCCUAAACUCAUUCGGGAGAUUUUGACUGAAUAUUCAAAAUUGCAAUAGCCAAUGCAUGCUUACAUUAAUUUAAAUGAUAAAUUUGGUAUCAAUGCAGUCUAGAUGUGCUGUUUUGCUAAUUAUAAUGAAAGAGCAGCUUGUUUGGAAUUAUUUCUUGAAGAUGGAGAUUUAAAUAGUUUUAAUCCAAGAACUCUGUGGUCACCGGUUCAUUGGGUUGCCUUCUAUGGAGAUGUUGAAAGCAUGUAACUUCUCAUAUCCAAAGAGGCCAUUCUCUUCAAAACUGACUAUGAAGGUUACUAUCCAUUAGAUCUGGCGGGACGGAAUAACAAGAAGAUCGUUGCCAAUCUGAUAAUUGAAUUUCUCAUUUAGUUCCUUAUUGACUAUGAAAGAUCAAGAGUGUCCCAGAGAGUUAAGAAUUUAGUCUAUGAUAGAUUUUGUGAAUAUGAACGAUACAUUUCAAAUCCAGCUUUAAGAUUGUCACUUUUUUAUUGGUCCUGUCAUUUCAGGUUUGCGAAUCUAGAGCGCUUCACAGCACUCAACAGAUUCUAUCCAUUGGCAAUCUAUAUGGAUUCGACAGCCUUACACAACUCAAUCAAGAAUUCGAAUAUGGAGGCAUUCCUAUAUCUACUUCACUCAAGUUAAAUUAAACCAUUUUCUUAGGGAAUGCUACUCUCUCGUAAUGCCACUCCUUAAAACAAUAGGAUCUUUUCACUCAAAAAGGAGGAAAUGAAAAUUUACAAAAAAAGAUAUUAAUUAUAUCUUGUUCGUUUGGAUGAAUGGGAAUAUGAUUAUUUAAACAAUUAGAUUUCUUUGUUGGAUCAAGUGGAUUUAUUUGGAAAUACCCCUUUGCAUAUAGCUGCAUUGUCGAAUAAUACAGAAAUGAUCAAUUAUUUAAUACAGUUUGGAUGCAGAAUAGAUAUUCAAAACAGUGAAUAUUGGACUCCAGUAGAUUUUAGUUAUUCUGAGGAAAUACGUACAAUCUUCAGAGAAAAUGAAAAGCUCAAACAGAAAUCAGUUAAAAACAUCCAGAAUUUCUUUUUUUCUUGUAAACUGCCAACAUAAAAAUAUGAUCCAGUUCAUAAACGCAAUUUGUAUUUAUUUUAGGCCAUCAAAGAUAUAGAAGUAGAUAACUUAUAUUCAAUGAGUCAGGAUCUAAUCAUUCCCGACUUUGUUAUUAAAUGCAGUGCCUAGCAUAUUACUAAACUAAACUUUUAGAUCUAAGUUCUUAUCAAUGCUAAAUUCGAAGUUUAUCUAUCGAAAUCACAAAUCGAUGACUUCUAUUAUUUGAUGUUGAGAAGUCCUUUGGCUUAAUUGCAGAUGCAAGCAAUGAUUUAAAAGGUUCAAGUCAAGUUAUUGGAUAGUUACGAUUAUGAGCCAUAUGAUUCGAAUGGUCAUUUUGAACCCUUUCGUUCUCUGUAAAGACAAUCCAUAAUUGAGGAACAUUUGAAUAGGAUUUUGAACAUUCAGGAAUUGAUUCAACAGAAAGUUAUCAUAGACACUUACCGCAUGCAUUCAUUUGGUGGAACAACUAAGAUAAGAAGACAAUGGUUGGAAUAAUAUAAAUGGUAUCAUACUUAACCCUUCAAAUAAUUAUAAGAUUAUUUCAAAGAAGGAUAAACUCAGAAUUUUAAAUCCUGUUCAAUUUUGAGAUUAUAUUUUGGAGAGUAGAUUGCAUACUUUUUUGCCUUCAAAUCUUAUCUUACUUGUUUUAUGAUAUUUGCAGCAUUCCCAGGACUCAUUCUUUAAUUAUACAUUUUGGCAGCCAAUGAUUAUAAUUCAUUGUUCCUUCCACUCUACGUAAUAUACAUGUCCAUUUGGUCAACAAUCACAGUUGAAUUUUGGAAGAGGAAACAAUGCGAAAUGAAUGCAAGAUGGGGUUUAUUGGAUUAAAUGAAUCAACAAGAAUUGACAACCAGAUUGGAGUUCUAAGGAGAUGAGUACAUGAAUCAUAUUACUCAUCAAAUUGAGAAAUAUGAAUAGAAAGGACAUUCCACAAUUAUGUUUAUGAUUUCAAUUCCUGUGUUGAUUUUGUUCAGUUCUUUUAUAGUUGGAUUAUUUGUUACAAUUGAUUACAUUCAAUAGACUUACACAAAUUCAAGUUAUUAUAAGCUGUUAGUGGGUGUGCUUCAAGGCAUAUGUGUUUCAGUUUUGAAUAUUAUAUACACAGCAUUGGUUCAUUACUUCGUGGAGAAGGAGAACCACAAAUUUGAAGAGCAUUAUGAGAGUUCCUUGAUUUACAAAAAUGUGUUAUUCAAAUUUAUCAACAGCUACAUAGCAGUCUUUUACACAGCCUUCAUUAAAUUAGACAGUACUUAUGAAGAGAUAUUCUAUAUUCUUGUACCUGUGUUGGUGAUCAAAUAAUUGAGUUACUUGAUAGCCAUAAUGAUGAUUCCUUAGAUCAUCUAUAAAUAUAAAGAAAGUUCGUAUUUUAAGUUGUUCAAAGAGAAAUUGAAUUUAAGACAAUAUCAGGAUCCAAUUGAUAUAUUGUGGAAAUAGACAACAAAUGUGCCACUUAAAUCUCAGAGUAGAGUGGUGAUCAAUCUGACAACCUAGUAGAUACAAUAAAACAUCGACAUGGAUAGUGUUGAAUUGAAUGGUCUGAAAUUGCCAGCCUAUAAGUAUUUGAUGACCAACUAUUUUAUGGAAACUAUGAUAGAUUUCGGUUUUAUUACUCUCUUUACUGCUGCAUUUCCAAUGGGUCCUACUAUUGCCAUGAUUAUGAACAUCAUUGAAAUAAGAAUGAAAAUUUACAGUUUUAAUAGUGUAUUCAAGAGACCUCAGGCUCAGAGGGUUGCUGGGAUAGGCGAUUGGAUGUACAUAUGGGAGUUCUUAAGUUUCAUAGGAGUGUUUACGAAUUAUGCCUUAGUGUUCCUGAAGUAGGGAGAUCAGAUUAAUAAUUAUCUAUUUCCGGAUGGGAGUGUCACACGUACAAAUAUGUUAUGGUUGUUCUUGUUGUUUAUAUUUUUGAAUGUGAUUUUGAAAUAUGUAAUUCAAUGGAUAAUUCCGGAUAAGCCUAGUUGGGUGAGUGAAUGGGAAGAAGACCUAAAAAAUAAGAAGAGACAGAAUUCCGAAUUAAAACAAAAGGAAGAUGAAUGUCAACAGUUGAACAAUAGAAUAAGUAGACUCGAGAAGUAGAACAACAAGUUGAUAUAGAGAUUGAAUAACAACGAAUAAAAUAUGAAUAGUAUCACACUUCCAAAUGAGUCAUUACUGUAAUAGACACUUUAGAAUGACAGUGGGUCUUAUUUGAGUCUGUACUAUAGGAUGGAGAGAGACAUAGCAUUAGAGAAAUUGAAUCAGAUAUCGAAGUUGUUGAAGCAAAAGAAGUAACUUCUGAUUGUCUGUGCAGAGUGUUAAGUAAAUGAAGCAGUCAUACUCUGUCAAUAAUGUAAGAUUCAUUAUUGUAAAUUAUGUUAUGUUGAUUUAUGCUAGUAACACAAAAUGGAGUCAAUUUCAAAGGGAUAUUAUAAAAUGUUUUAUUAUUCAUUGCCAUAGGUGAAUCAAUAAGGGUUGAAACACCUUUUUGACAUUUUGUGUACAUAUUAUGAGAAUAGAUCAUAUGGAACAAGAUUAUUCUUAUCGAGUGAGGACUUCUGCAUUGAUGACAAAUAUAUGAUCAACAAAUUGCAUGGUGUUUUGUUUAAGAAGAACAAGAUAUAGUGGGAGGAAUUCAACAAGUACAUUCAACAAUUGCAGAAGGGAACAUUUGAAUAGAGAGUAUUGUUAAUGUACGAUUUCAUGGAUGAGGACAAGUAGGGAAUGAUAAGCAGGGAUGAAUUUUAGAAUUACGCAGUUUAUCAUAUGGUGUAGGAUACUAAUUUUAGAGAAGUUCAAAUAAUGUCAUCUGAAAUGGAAGACAAGAGAGAGUUGAUUAGACAAACAAUCUCAUCUGCUCAACAUUCCCAACAGAUUAGAGAAUAUUUGAAUGCUUUACUAUAAAUAUGA